AUGAAUACCAUACAGACAUACUCCGCCCCAGAAAAUUGGAAUAAAUCACCCUUGGUGGACGAUCCCAAUGAUGAUCGGCCGCGGAAGAAGCGCCGCAAAUACAUCGCCAAAGCCUGCAAUGAAUGCAAACGUCGCAAAAUAAAAUGCAACGGCCAAGCACCUUGUCAACGCUGCGGCCGCCAGAAUAUCGAAUGCAUCUACGUGGAGAACUCUCAACAAGAUAGCCCCGGGGAACAAGAAAAUUUCGAGCGGCUUUUUGAUCAGAUGAGAGUCAUGCAGGAACAAAUUAGCAUUUUGUCUGCGAGUGUUCGCUCAAUAGCCGGUAGUGAGCAUUCACCUGUCGGUCUUUCCGCCACGGGCAGUUAUGGGCUUUUGCCUACUCAACGUUCGCUGCGACGCGUGUCGAGGACCAGAGAGACGCCAUUUCAAGGUCCAACGACAUCGGCUUUCAGUUUCGACCUCGCCAAAUCCAGUUUGCAGCAACGCGGCAUUGUCGAACGCGCUGAGGCUGGUGAUGAAGGUGAUCUGACGCAAGAACCUUCGCCCUUGGCAUCUCCAUCAGCACAAAACGAAAGAAUAGAUUCACAUCAACCGCUUGAUCCACUCUGGGCCCUUCCAAAAACCGAAGCAUUGCGGCUUUGUCGAGUAUACGAGGAGGAGAUGGGCAUCAUGUACCCGGUCCUGGAACUUUCGGAGCUUUUGGAUCAGGUUAAUCUGUUAUACGGCCCCAUGGACCGUGCGCUUGGUCCAGCCCUCCAACCCGAUGCAAGAAAUGAAUUGGACCGUGAAGAUAUUCAUAUUCUACGUCUAGUAUUUGCUUGUGCCUUGACGGCAGAAGCCAGCGGUCGGAGUGAACAGGCCAUUACGCUGUUUGACAGCGUGCGGGAAGUCCAAGACAAUUGCGUCUGGGGUCCGCCGGAAAUCAAGAGCAUAAUCUUCUUAACACUCGUGUCAAUUUUUUAUUUUCAAAUGGACGAAGAAACCCUAGCAUGGCGCACGAUUGGAAUUGUCGAGCGCAUGUGUCUCGAGAAAGGUCUACAUAGGCGGGAAGCAUUGAAUCAGCCGGCUAUUGUGGCUGCGGGAAAAGAACGCGUUUUGCGACUCUUUUGGUCAAUCUACAUUUUGGAUAUGCGAUGGAGCUUUGGCACAGGCAUGCCAUUUGCCCUGGAAGACACGGAUAUCGACCCUUGGUUACCAGAGCCUGCAGAAAAGACUCCAUAUCUGCGUGUCAUGAUCCGAUACAGCCGUAUUGCAGCAAAAGUUUGGAAAUUUAUUUCGGCUUUCAACAACACGAACGAAAUCAAGAAAGAUGAGAUGAAUUAUCUGGACUGGCAAGUGUUGCGCUGGGCCCGUGCAAUUCCAGACUCGUUACAACUUGAAUAUCGAAGUUCCGCAGAAGAGGAAACUGCGACAGAUGGCUCGCGAAGCAUGCGCCGGCUACGAGCGUUGCUUUAUCUCCGCGCAAAUCAGCUACGAAUGUUGAUUCAUCGUCCAGUACUGCAUACAGCGGCACAUAUCAUGCGGUAUCCAAGCGAAUCGGAGACAGUGGUGGAGAUUGCCAAAGACACCAUACGAUUCAUCACCCGCCUGAAUGAUACAUCAGAUAUUUACCAGUUACAGCAAGUCGCAUUCAAUUGGUUCCUUGUCUCGGCCGUGGCUGUGUUAUUCCUGGCUGUAGCCCAGGCCCCAACGCAAUUCAGCGGUUCAUGCAAAGAGGAGUUUUUCUGGGCUUUGGAUUUAGUGAAAGGGUUUUCCACGCAAUCUUAUAUCUCGCGCCGGCUGUGGAAAUCUAUUCGAAGCCUUCGCAAGCUUGGCCCCCAACUAGGCCUUGGUGUGCAGAAAAAACGGCUGAAUGAUCAAACUGGAGUUGAACAAGAACAGUUCAACUCCAAUGCUUCGCCCGCUUUAGCGCCGACCGCGAGCAACCAUAGCCAGACACCACAGGACGGUGUCCAAAUGACACAGGAGUUGAUGGAGUGGUUUGAAGCAGUGGGCAAUCUGGAGGAUCAAAUCAUGGGGAUGGGAACAGGCCCCGUGCCAGAUGGAGGUCCUUACCAGCAAAUGCCUAAUGGUGGUUUCGUGUUUGACUAUGGUGAAGAAUUGUCGAGUGUGAUGAAGGAUUGUUUUUAA